AUGAAGACCGGCGACAUCCCGGCUUCGCCUUCGGCGGCGGCGCCGGAAGACGGCGACCCUGAAUCUAGGCUGUCUUUGUUUUCGCUAGAGAUCAAAGUUGAAGCCUUUCUGACGAAAGACAGCGAUGCUGACACAGAUCCAACAGUGAAGGCUGGCUAUACACAAAUGCAACCAGACCCAUCACACCCUAAUGAUCCAGAACCACAGUUUGAUCCACCAAUGCAGCCUAAAUCACCAGUGCAGCCUGAACCACCACAACCUCAUCCAGCAACUAACCAAUCCAAAGGUGUUGAUGAACAAAUCCCUGACAUCUUUGAUAAUGAAGAAGAGUAUGUUGGUGUGCAUGAUGAGCAUAUAUACAUUUCAAUUGCACCUGCACAGCCAUCUAUGAAUGCACAAACAGAUUCACCUUCAUCUAUGCCGACUAAUGAUGCCAAUGAAAAUGCUGCUGGUGAAGGAGCUAUUCCUCCUGAGGCAGAGGUUAAUGAUGCAGAUCCCAAUGAGAUAAGGGUACUCCAUGAUCCUGAGAACCCAAGAAUAGAGAAUGGUGCCUUGUUUCCUGACAUAAUAGCAUUCAGGAAGGCAGUGAGGCACCAUGCAGUGAAGAGAGGUUUUGAAUUUGCUCCUGGCAUCAAAACUGAUCCUACCAGGUUUAUUGCAAGAUGCAAACACCCUGGCUGUCCUUGGCGCAUUCAUGCUUCUAGGCUUCAUGAUCAGAAAACUAUACAGAUUAAGAGUCUGCUAGCAGAGCACAAUUGUCCAACCACGAAGCUAGUAGAAGGAAAAAUGGCUUCUCAAAGCUGGGUGGCAGAUAGACUGACGGACUGGUUGAAGAAGAAUCCAAGCAAGGGGCCCAAGGCAGCAAAGGAGAAGGUGGAGGGAGAUUAUGGAAUAAAGCUCAAGUACAGCAAGGCAUACUCAGGCAUGCAGCUAGCUCUGCAGCAAAUUCAUGGUAAAUAUGAAGAGUCAUUCAAAUUGCUAUUUAAUUGGAAAGCUCAGAUGGAGAUAACUUGUCCUGGUAGCAUUAUAGAGAUAGAAGUGCAGAAAAUUGGCAAGAAAAUGAGAUUUCAGAGGAUAUUUGUAGCUCUCAAACCUUGUGUGGAUGGGUUUCUAGCUGGCUGUAGGCCAUUCAUUGGUGUGGAUGCCUCCUCCUUAAAUGGCAAAUACACAGGACAAUUGGCAUCAGCUACAGGAGUUGAUGGUCAUAACUGGUUGUAUUACAUUGCGCAUGCAAUUUUUGACCAAGAAAAUGAGGACAAUUGGACCUGGUUUAUGCAACAGUUGAGAAGGGCUGUUGGGAGCCGUCAAGGACUUGUGAUUUGCACAGAUGCUUGUAAGGGCUUGGAAAAGGCAGUUGGUGUUGUGUUUCCUGAGGCUGAGUACAGAGAGUGCAUGAGACAUCUAUAUUCCAACUUCAUGAAGCAUUACAGUGGAGAUGUCUUCACAACUCAUUUGUAUCCAGCAGCUAGGAGCUACACUGAGGGCCUGUUCAAGUGGCACAUGAAGAAGAUAUAUGACUUCGCUCCAGAUGCAAUUAAAUACUUGCAAUAUCACCACAAUCGGAUCUGGUAUAGGUGUGGGUUCUCAGAGGACAGCAAAUGUGACUAUCUGACAAACAAUGUAUCAGAGAGCUUCAACAGUCAAGUGAAAAGUAUGAAAGGGCUGCUGAUACACGAGUUGGUUGAUGGGAUUAGGGAGAUGGUGAUGGAGAAGAGAUUUCUUAGGAGAAAAUGUGGAAGGGAAAUGACUGGAGAUAUUUUGCCAAGUGUUAUCAAGGAGCUCAACCUUAUUAGCAACAACUUGAAAGUAGUGAAAAUCAAAGUAAGUGAUGAUGAUUUUGCCGAGGUAACCCUACUAGAUGACUGGAACAAUCCUAAAAGGCACACUGUCGACCUUGUAAACAAAAAAUGCAGUUGCAGGGCAUGGCAAAUCAGUGGAAAACCAUGUAGGCAUGCACUUGCUUGGAUCUUGUCCAACAGAGGCUUGGAAAUCAAAGAAUUUGUGCAUCAAUACUACUCUGUUGCCAUGUUCAGAGCAGCAUAUGCAGACAGAGUUCCACCCAUGCCUGAUAGGGCUGACUGGGUGCAGGUGGAACUACCAUACAAAUUGUUCCCACCACUGCAGAAAAGAGCAGCAGGGAGACCAAGAGUUGUCAGGAUUAGAGGGAGCAUGGAACAAAGGGCAAACAGGAAGAAGGUGAGAUGUAGAAGGUGCAAAGGCUUUGGGCACUUUCAGAAGACCUGCAAGUUGGCUGAACCAACAGAAGAUGACAAUGGUAUUGAUGAGGCCUCUACAUUUGCUUCACUUAUAAGGGUUAGAGAAGAAGAUGAAGGACCUAGCCAGCCACCAAAACAGAAAAAAAAGAAGCCAGCUGGGAAUAAGCAGCCAACAUCGACUAAAAAGGCUGCGAAGAAGACUCCUACGAAGAAGAAGCUGAAGAAGGCUGCCAGCGCACCUCAAGCAAGAGUGAUCAGAAGCUUAAGCAGCUGGCUUGGCGUUGAGUAG